AUGUCAAUCAUAUUGGUGCUGCUCGUUGUCAGUGUUUUUAUAGGAAGUGAAGGCAACUAUUUUGGAGAUUUAUUCAAAUGCAAUGACUUGUUGCUAAAGUGUCAGGAAACUGAAACCAUAAUGGGGAAAUUCAAUAAAAUGACAAAUGAGCUGAAUCGAAACUGCAGUCGGGAAAUUGGCCCCAAGUGGAGCAAUAUCACCCGUUGUGAAUUGGCAGCUACAAAGUGUUUGUUGAAGCAGAUGAAUGCAAUGGACGCGAAUUGUGAAAAUAUUGCCGAUGUAAUGCACCUUUAA